UCACAGCAUCCUUUAGAUAAAGUAAUGUAAUGUAAAUGCACAAAACUGAGAAUUUAUCUUGUGAAGCAUUUUUGUUCUGUGUUGUUUUAAUAUGACAAAACAUUAAAACAGCACAGAUAAUUUGUUAAAGUCAGCUGUGUUCCUGUACCUUGUGUUUCAGGAAGGAAGUGGUAAAUAAGAGCAAAACAAUCUUUUAGACAAGUGGAGGUAACAGGAAGCAGAAAGAGGUAGGUGAGUAAAGGAUCUUGGUUAAUAAGUUACAGGCCACAACGGUCUCUCACACAGCAAAGCCUGCUGGGAAAAUCUCUUGGCAAGCAGACUUGUGUUUAUGCGUGUGAGCGUGUACAGAGAGAUAUCGCUGACUGAAAAGAAAACCAACAAAAGAAGAUAGAACAACGCCUUCUUGUACAAAUUUUUUGGGAAUCUCCAGUCAUCCAUCAAGUUCUUCCUCCAGCUGAAGGUCCAGUCAUGGGGAAAGAGAAAACAAAGCCGGGGCCCUUGUCUCGAAGGCCAGACAACUCUGCCUUCAAACAGCAGAGACUACCUGCCUGGUCUCCAAUGCUAACCGCUAACACUGUGCUGCCUUUCUUCUACAUUAUGGCCUCGAUAUGCCUGCUGCUGGGAGUGUGGCUGCUGCUUACUGUUCAAAGCACAAAGGAAAUGAAGCUGGAUUACACAGAGAGCGAGGACUGCAAAAGAUGUUAUGAAAUGCGAAAAAAUGUGAGCAACGCAGAGCAAACCUGCAGCUGUAAGGUGGACUUUUCCAUUGAGAAAGCGUUUAAGGGAGAUGUCUUUUUCUACUAUGGUCUGAAAAACUUCCAUCAGAACCUCCGCAGAUACAUGGACUCCAGAGAUGAUGGGCAGAUGGUCGGCAGGAUAAAUAAGUUAAAGAAUCCCAGCUCAUACUGUGAACCAUUUGCAAAAGACAAGAAUGGAGUCCCAAUUGCUCCCUGCGGUGCCGUGGCCAACAGUAUGUUCAAUGACUCCUUUAUUCUGACCUAUCAUAGGUCCAGCGGUCCCUUGAACGUCCCUCUAUUACGGAAAGGUCUCACCUGGUACACUGACAAAAAUAUCAAAUACCGCAACCCGAAGACGGACAAUUUAUCACUGGCUCAGGUGUUUGAAGAAACAACACGACCUCCUUACUGGCAGAAGCCUGUGUAUGAGCUCGAUCCCCUCGACCCGACCAACAACGGCUUCAUUAACGAUGAUCUGAUUGUUUGGAUGAGGGAGGCGGCGUUCCCCAACUUCAAGAAGCUCUAUGGGAUUUUACACAGAGCCAAUAAGCCCUUCACUAAUGGGCUUCCUGCAGGGAACUACAGCAUCCAAAUCUCCUACAACUUUCCUGUGCAGUACUUCCGAGGCAGAAAGGUAGUAGUGCUGACCACGUUGACAUGGUUUGGAGGUCAGAACCAUUUCCUGCCUAUUGCUUACCUGGUAACCAGCAGCCUGCUCCUAGUGACAGCCGUCAUCCUAACGGUGGUGUGGUGGAAGUUUGGGAAGGAUGGGAAGAACAUGAAGGAAUGAUGGGUAAGAGUGAAGCAGAUGACUGAUUAUCCUGCUGCUUGCAAGACUAAAAAAUCCUGAAAAACAAAAGCACUGAUGGGAGUUGAUGAAGAAUGGCAAAAAAAAGGUUAAUUUGGGACAAUUUAACAUCAGUGGAAGGAAAACUGAUGCAGAGUUGAGUCAGAAAUCUUGAUGACUUUUGUGAUGGUUUUUGUUUAGUGAUGUUUUGAACUCCAUAUAGGUUUGCUGUUUAAUGCUGCAUUUGAUGAACCUCAGCUAAGACUCAAACAUGUUUUUCUCUUGACCAGGAGGACAAUAAAUAAAUAAAAGGUAACUUCUGAUAGACUAGUCACAUCUGCAUGAAAUAUCCCAGAAGUUUCCAAACAGCAGUUAUAAUUAAAGCUAAUUGAACCCUCUCAUUUUUAAGAGCUUCCAUGCUUGGACUGUCCUGUAUUUCCUUAUGGCUUCAUCUUUCAAAACUACCUUAGAUUUUUUUCAUGAAGUUAUAUUGUGAUUAAUAUAAAUAUGAAGGACAGGAGGAUGAGCAGAUUUGUCACCCUGUAAAUAUUUGACUGCUUAAGCUUCGCCGCUGCAGACCCAGAUUACAACUUUGUGUAAGAGGUUGGAUUCUUGUUGCAGCAGAGUUAAGAAAAAAGUGAUGGAAGAAUUUUUUUUUCCCCAGACAGAUGCCAGAUCAUUAGAGGGCACCACAGUAUGUACAUCUACCAAAGUUUAGUAAUGUGCCUUUAAAGAUCCAACGUACGGGUUGGACCUUCAUAGAAACACUUGGUCCUGUACUAAAGCAACAGAAUCUCACUCUGAACUGAACAGGGCUUAAACCAAAUAUCACAAUCAACCAUUCAAACCACUUGUGGAGCUUUGGUCUCAUUCGCAUCUAUUUGGGAGGCUUUUUUUUUAGCCAAAGAACGUCAUCUGUUCAAGGGAGGAAAGUCUGGAAGUUAAACUCUGAACUGCACAGCAGCAACUUACUGACACACCACCAUAGUUGGAAUUAUCCCUUAACUAAAGAAACUGAACUAAAGAGGUUUAAAAGAUUUUUGCUUUUUGAGAGUAACAUGACAUUUUGCAUUUACAGUAUAAGUUGUCUUUUAGGGCUAGGGAUCUAAAAUGUGAAGUACUGAGUACUGUCCUAAAAUAGUGAGCAGAUACUGAGUUUCCAGUCAGUCAAAUGCAGCAUUAGCACAGAAGCUAAUCCAUUUGUUUGCUUGAUUUCAUUUGAUAAACGUUUGCUUUUGUUAAACACAGAAUGUAAUAGUAUUUAUAACAAUUGUGAUAAUGACUCAGAAAAAAGACUUGACUUUUUGUUAACUUUUCCAAAUGAAUUUGCAGUGUAAUUA